AUGCAUAGCUAUAAUAUUUGUGCGAGUGUAGGUCUCGUGGCCUCGCUUCUCGUUCGCGGGGUCGUAGCCAGGCCAGCCUGCUGCAAUAACACGAUCACUCGCGACGUCGUCGUCGUGGGGGGCGGCGCCUCGGGCGCUCAUGCUGCCGUGUGGCUGCGAGACCACAAUAAGACCGUGGUUGUCGUGGAAAAGGCUAACCAACUCGGCGGCCAUACGGAUUCAUAUAUCGACCCUGAUACCGGCAAGGCCAUUAACAUCGGCGUACAAGCGUGGAUGGAAUACAAGAAUACCUUCGACUUCCCCAAGCGCAUGAAUGUGUCUACGAGCGGGUCCAUGGAAUUCACGACACUUGACUACAAGUAUAUUGAUUUCAGGUCCGGCCUGCCAGUUACCAACUAUACCGCACCCGGACCCACGGACAUGUAUCCCGCUCUUCAGCGAUAUCUUGAUGUCCUUUUGCAGUAUGAGGACAUGCUGCUCCCGGGUUUCUUCAAUUUCCCCAAGCCUGAAUCUAUCCCCGAAGACCUUCUCAUGUCUUUCAGUGACUUCGUAAAGAAGUACGACCUUGGAGCUGCUGUGCCCCAGAUAUGGGAUUCGACGGCCCAAGGACUUGGUGACACGAUGGACGUACCUACUUUGUUUGUUAUGCAAGCGUCAGGUAUUCCUAUGGUCCGUGCAUUGCUUGGCCUUGGUGCUGCUGCUGUCCCUGCCUCUGGGCGCCUCUAUGAUCUCUUCGAGAGCAUUGCUACCUUCCUCGGCAAUGAUAUCUUAUAUUCGAGUACAGUCAUCUCAUCGACUCGAACGAACAGGGGUGUUUCCUUGAAGGUGGCAGGUGCUGACGGCAAGCUGACCUGCAUCGAAGCCAAGCGUCUGCUAAUUGCAUUUGAGCCUACUAUGGAGAACCUACAGCCGUUCAGGCCUGACGAUACUGAGAGGCAGGUCUUCAGUAAGUUUGGCUACACUACUGUUUAUGCUGGCCUUCUUAAGCACCCAUCCCUUGAGAUCGGCGUCGCCUAUUCCAACAGAUUACCCGAGACUGGGCCUAGCAACUACACCAUCUUCCCCCUGCCUUCUCAGGUCGGCCGUUUCGACUACAUUGGUGGUACCAACAACAUCUUUCAGUUUACAGCUGUUGGAACCAAAGACGACACCCCUGAGAGCAUGCAGCAGCUUAUCUCCCAGACUAUCAACACCUUGACUGAGGCCGGCACUAUUGCUGCAUCAGAGGGCGCCCUCACCUUCCCUGCCUUUGCGAACCAUGGCAAGAUGCACCCGCGGGUUACUGCCGAUGACCUCCGCGCCGGUUUCAUCCAGAAGCAGCUGGCCCUCCAGGGCCGGCACUCCACCUGGUACACUGGCGCAGCCUUCUCCGCCGGUUUUUCUACUGUUUUGUGGGAGUAUAAUAACGUGCUACUUCCCGAUGUUAUUAAGGGCCUAUAA